CUCUGUCUGUCUCUCUUUAUCUCUGCAGGCCAUUUCUCUCUCUUCUCCAUUUGUCCACACAAACCUGACACUCGCCCCGUUUCAUUAAUUUCCUUCAUCAUCUCUCCCUUUCUCUUUACUUUACAAGUGCAUUCUUUUAAGGUUUUCUUCUUCUUCAACCUUCAACCGUUACGCGAAAAAAAAAAAAAAAAAACUUUAACUCUACCAAAUGAGUUUUGAUUUUCCCUUAUAAACAGGCAACUUGAAUAUUUGUAAUUCAUGAUGUUGGAUCUUAAUCUUGACGUUGUUUCGUGUGAAUCGUCGUCGUUUUGCGAUGACGACAAAAAGAUGAUAAUAGAUGCAGCUGAGAAACAUCUCGGCCAUGAAGAUUCCGGAACCUCGAACUCCUCCAUCAUCAACUGUGAAGAGCCGCAAGCCAAUGCCGGAGAUGAGAACUCCUCGAACAACUCUUCCUCCGCAUUGAUCUUCGACAUCGUGAAGAAAGACAAACAAAAGAACGUCAUAAUCCAAGUUGAUGACAACACCACCACUACUACUUCCUCAAAAGCUCUCGUCACGCAGCAACUUUUCCCGGUCAUCGGAGAAAAAGCAGGUGCAGAAGCUGAAUUCGGUGCGGUGAAGUCCAGGGUAAGGCCUCAAACGUGGCUAAAUUUAUCUCACGUUGAUUCCAGUGGAGAGCAAGAACUGAAAGUCGUGCAGCAAAAGCAACAACAAGUUCGAAAGAGCCGGCGAGGCCCUCGGUCUAGAAGCUCACAGUACCGCGGCGUGACAUUUUAUCGCAGAACCAGCCGUUGGGAAUCACACAUAUGGGAUUGUGGAAAGCAAGUAUAUUUGGGUGGAUUUGACACAGCUCAUGCUGCUGCAAGGGCAUAUGAUAAGGCUGCAAUUAAGUUCCGUGGCGUUGAUGCUGAUCUCAAUUUUGAUGUCAGUGAUUAUGAUGAAGACAUGAAACAGACCAAGCAUCUAGCAAAAGAAGAAUUUGUGCUUGUUCUUCGUCGCGAAAGCUCCGGAUUUUCCAGAGGGACAUCAAGAUACAGAGGUGUAACCUUGCACAAAUGUGGGAGAUGGGAAGCUAGAAUGGGUCAGCUUCUUGGAAAGAAGUAUAUUUAUCUUGGCUUAUUCGACAAGGAAGUAGAAGCUGCAAGGGCCUAUGACAAAGCUGCCAUCAGAUAUCAUGGAAGGGAUGCAGUAACCAAUUUUGAACCAAGUUCUUAUGAAGAGGAAAUGAUUUUAGAUUCCAACAAUGGAGGCAGUGACCACAAUCUAGACUUGACCCUUGGAAUUGCUACGUCUUCAAAUGGAAAUGACAAUUCUGGGAAUUUCCAUUUUGGAUGUGGCGGCGCUCGAGAAAUGCCAAACAAAGAAAGGCUAGUGCUUGAAAGCUCUGCAUAUGCCUCUGUUGGAAUGCAACUACAACAACAUCCUCAUGCUCUAACAAUGCCACCCAAACAUCCUUCAACAUUUGCGGGCGUAUAUCCUCUUUUACUUCCAAAUUAUGAGGAUAAGAAUAUAGAGAAGAGGGUUCAUUCUGUAUCUUCACCGAGAUUCACAAACUGGGCAUGGCAAAUGCACGGCCAUGGCAAUGUAGCUCCAAUGCCAGUGUUAUCAAUCGCAGCAUCAUCAGGAUUCUCUUCCACUACUACUAGCACGAAUUCAGCUACUCUUCAACUCCACCAGCAACAAAUAAAUCCUGUCCGCAACAUGUUUCAGCUUCCCACACCAACAACAUCAUCCACCAUAACCACAUCCCAUUAUUUCAAUCACAAAAAUUAAAGAGCCAAAACAAAAAACAAAUCUGUUACUCAAAAUCAGUCCAACAAUUUGUCAUUCUGCUCCCUGGAAAGUUAGGUGAGCUCUGAGCGGGAUUCGAAACUGCAACAAUUAUAGAGUAUUCCUGUAAACUGUAAAUUGUAUUUAA